CUUUUUAUAUCCACUGUAGCCUCCCUUCACCUCUUUUGUUAAUAGUUGUAUGAUACUGCAUAUAGUAUAUCCAUUUAAAGGACCCAUCCAUUUGCUGUAGAGAUGGCUUAGAUUUUUUUUAUUUUCUUUUUUUAAGCAAGGCUUUUCUUUCAGUAAGUUCAUCUUUUGAUUAGCCCUCAGUGUCUGUUGGCAUUGAACAAUCAUCCUAUUUGGUUUCGAUUCACUGUAAGAUGCAGUGAGCCAAAAACAUAAUUUGUUUUUGGACUGCCCACGCAAAUAUGACUAAGGAUAGUGAUGCUCAUGAAUAAAUGAUUUAAAUGCAGACUAUAGGUUGAUUCUCGUGCGUCUCCGCGUUGGGUCACGACUUGCACGCUGACGCACAACCCUCGAGAAAUAUGCCACCAUGUUUGGUGGGCUAAACACGGAAGCAAUGAGGCUUCGCGCACGCGUGUGUGAGCUCAAAAUAUACUAUAGAAAAUAUAUCUAGUCAGACAUCAUGGUGUGGGUGUGCUGUGUGAACGAAAAAAGACAAGAUGCGCAGUGAGGGCGCACUAAUAGUUCCGCCUCGGGGUGUUGAAACGGGAGUUGGAGGCGAGCAGUGAGCCAGCCAGCCGCUGGUCACAUGUUGCAGCGUCAUCGUGUAGUAAAGUUGCUCGACUUCCACGCAGGCUCCCCAUUCCGAGCGCCACGGCUCUCUUGUCUUCAUCCCGACACUUGCUCGCUCCUCCUCCUCCUCCUCGGCUGCCGCUGCUGCUGCAGGCGGCGACAUGCGGGCGACAACUCGGCUUUCACACACCAUCUCCACCGGAGCCGUCCAGCCAUGGGAGUGCGUGACCUCAUCCAUGCAAUUUCCACCAUCAAUAAUUUAAUGUAUUUGCUCCAAACCUGAAGAGAUAUCCCGAAGCUUGUCAGGAAGAGAGGAAAAAGUCGAAAUUACUCAGGGAGUUGGCCAGGACAGCCCAGAUGACACUGUCCUGUUGAAUGGUCUGUUUUUACGACUGGGCAGCACAAGUUCCACCAGGUUAGAAGAGUGAUGACCAUCCUGUUCCUUACUAUGGUUAUUUCAUACUUCAGUUGCAUGAGAGCUGCGCCCCUGAGAGACGCCCCGGGCAUGCAGGGCCAUCGGACGGAAGGCUACCUGGGCGCUGCCGCCGCCGCCGCCGCCGCCGCGACGGUCGCGAGAGGUCGGGGGACUCCACAGAAUGGUGGCGGGCCAGGCCAGCGCGGGAUGCCCUCGCUCACAGACACCUUUGAGCAGGUGAUAGAGGAGCUGCUGGAGGUGGAGGGGGAGGCGGAGGCGGCACAGAUGGGACAGGGGGCAGAUAAGAGCCAGGGCGGUGGGGGUCUCACUUCAGUCGUCGCCACAGAAACCAAGGAUGUCGACAUGUACGACUCGCGGUUGAUGAUCAGCAACCAAGUGCCUUUGGAGCCGCCGUUGCUCUUUCUUCUGGAGGAAUACAAAAACUAUCUGGAUGCUGCUAAUAUGUCCAUGAGGGUGCGGCGGCACUCUGACCCCUCACGACGUGGAGAGCUCAGCGUGUGUGACAGUAUUAGCCAGUGGGUGACAGCGGUGGAUAAAAAGACGGCAAUAGACAUGUCGGGGCACACGGUUACCGUCAUGGAAAAGGUUCCUGUCCCCAAUGGCCAACUGAAGCAAUACUUUUACGAGACCAAAUGCAACCCCAUGGGGUACACAAAGGACGGCUGCAGAGGAAUAGACAAGCGGCAUUAUAAUUCCCAAUGCAGGACAACCCAGUCCUACGUGCGAGCUCUCACCAUGGAUAGCAAAAAGAAGAUUGGCUGGCGGUUUAUAAGGAUAGACACUUCCUGUGUAUGCACAUUGACCAUUAAAAAAGGGAGAUAGUGCAUAAAAUGUAUAGAUUUUAUUGAAGAGUUUAAAAAAGAGAAUACAGAGAAAAUAUCUAUUUGUAUAUAUACAUAACAGGGUAAAUUAUUCCGUCAAAUGAAAAUUUUAUGGACUGCAUGUAAAAAAAAGAUGAAGUUUAUACAGUAAAAGUGAUAUAAGUCUAUUUAUUGAACAUAUUCAUGACCUUGUAAACGAUUAAAAAAAUCUGAUCAGUCAUUUGCUCCCACUUUAAAUUACUAUAUCACAUUCCUCAAGACAUUGUGAUUUGUUUAUGUUGCCAAGAUUUACAAAAUGAAGUGGAAAAAAAACAGGCAAGGAAUGAGAGAGGACAAUUCCAUCUUCAAAAGCUUGCAUGCUGCUUCAAUUGUGAAUUAAGAAAUUCUCCACUGACAAAAAAAAAAGAUGAGGCUGACCAAAAAAAACUUUCCGUUUGCAUACUCGGCGGAAAACAACUUUCCUCUCAAGUAAUUUAUCUGUUUACUGUUCUAAACUUCUCAAGGUAUAAUGUUGGGAUUACAUACUAUGUCAAGGUGCUGUUGUCAAAGCUUUGCUGUUUAUUUUUUUAUUCCCACCAG